UGCUUAUUCUUGUUCGUUGGUUCUACUCCCAACCCCUGGGUCCCACCCUUUUUCUUCUUUCCUCUUUAGGUUUCGUUGUUCACCUGCGAACCACCUUCAUCGAUUUACUAUUUUCGGGUUCCUUUAAAAUGGACCCUCAGUUCACCGGAAAGCCCAUUCAGGCCCAAUUCUACUCAACUCAAACCGACUUAGAGCAGAUGCAGGACACCCCUACACGUGGGUCCCGCCAUCGUCGAGCCCAAUCCGAAACCUUUUUCCGUUUCCCAGACUUCGAUGACGACGACAUGCUCUUAGACAACUUUAACAUUCAACCCCCUUCUUCACUUAUACAGCCUUCCAAUUCACCCGAUUAUUCUUCAUCUGCUGGGCCGCCGUCGGAUAACCCGGCCCAUUACCGGAGUCUAUCUGUUGAUGCUGAUUUUUUUGAUGGACUGGACUUUGGUGCUGGUGGUGGUGCUGAGAAGAGGGUGAUGACUGGUUCUGGUGGGACACGUCAUAGGCAUAGUAAUUCAAUGGAUGGCUCUUUUGAUACGACCUCGUCGUUUGAGUCUGAUUCGCUUUCGGUUAAGAAAGCUAUGGCUCCUGAUAGGCUUGCUGAGCUGUCACUUAUUGAUCCCAAGAGAGCUAAAAGGAUUCUAGCAAACAGACAAUCUGCUGCACGUUCUAAGGAGCGAAAAACUCGCUAUACUGGUGAGCUAGAGAGGAAAGUGCAGACUCUGCAGACUGAAGCCACCACUCUAUCUGCUCAGAUCACAGUUCUACAGAGAGAUACCUCUGGAUUAACUGCUGAAAACAAAGAACUCAAAUUUCGGUUGCAAGCUUUGGAACAACAAGCACAUCUUCGAGAUGCUCUAAAUGAAACUUUGAGGGAAGAAGUGCAGCGGCUUAAGAUUGAAGCAGGCCAAAUUCCAGCUGCGCAUGGAAAUAGAGGAAUGCGUUCUCAUUUACCUCCCCAACCGCAGUCCUUCGUUCAAUGUGGUAAUCACCAUGCACAACACCAGCAACAGCACAUUCCGCGUUCAACUGCUAGCACCCAAACUGUCCCGGGACAGUCUCAAAAUAGCUUCUUCAACUUCAACGGCAGGGCAUGAAUGUCUCAAAGGUGAACUGGUCUGGUUGGUAAUUUGGCAAGUGAGGGCCUUGUAAAUAUUGAUAUAUGUAGAUGUGUAGUUUGUUAAAGGCUAUUGAACGAGUGUUGUUCAGCUCAUUAGUUUGUAACUUAUCAAUAUUUGCUAUAUCUUGUUGAACAUCAAAUAUUUAAAAUUAUCAGAAUGUAUUCUUUCGAUAAUAUCGUGGUAUGGUGAUGUUGGAAGAUUUCACAACUA